AGACAACUCAGGAGAUCUGUUGGAAAGAGAAUGAUAGAGGAAAAUGUAUGAAUGUUGCCAUCUUUAGCUAUAGCACCACCCAGCUUAGGUCACUCACCCACCUUCGAUCCUGAGGCCUGGCUGCUCUCUGCCAGCUUCGCCCAGCCUGUUUCUGACCUGUGUUCCCUCCUCUGUGCCAGGACAGGCCCCAUGCUGCUCUGGACGGCUGUGCUGCUCUUUGUUCCCUGUGUUGGGAAAACUGCCUGGCUGUACCUCCAAGCCUGGCCAAACCCUGUGUUUGAAGGAGAUGCCCUGACUCUGCAAUGUCAGGGGUGGAAGAAUACACCACUGUCUCAGGUGAAGUUCUACAGAGAUGGAAAAUUCCUUCAUUUCUCUGAGGAGAGCCAGACUCUGUCCAUGGGAGCAGCAACAGGGCAGAGCCGUGGCCAGUACAGCUGCACUGGGCAGGUGAUGUAUAUUCCACAGAUAUUCACACUAACUUCAGAGACUGCCAUGGUUCAAGUCCAAGAGCUGUUCCCACCUCCUGUGCUGAGUGCUGCCCCCUCUCCUGAGCCCCGAGAGGGUAGCCUGGUGACCCUGAGAUGUCAGACAAAGCUGCAUCCCCUGAGGUCAGCCUUGAGGCUCCUUUUCUCCUUCUACAAGGACAGCCACACCUUGCAGGACAGGGGCCCUCACCCAGAACUCUGCAUCCCAGGAGUCAAGGAGGGAGACUCUGGGCUUUACUGGUGUGAGGUGGCCACCGAGGGUGGCCAGGUCCAGAAGCAGAGCCCCCAGCUGGAGGUCAGAGUGCAGGCUCCUGUGUCCCGUCCUGUGCUCACUCUGCACCACGGACCCACUGACCCUGCUGUGGGGGACAUGGUGCAGCUCCUCUGUGAGGCCCAGAGGGGCUCCCCUCCAGUCCUGUACUUGUUCUACCUUGAUGAGAAGAUUGUGGGGAACCACUCAGCUCCCUGUGGUGGAAACGCCUCCCUCCUCUUCCCAGUGAAGUCAGAGCAGGAUGCUGGAAACUACUCCUGCGAGGCUGAGAACGGUGUCUCCAGAGAGAGGAGUGAGCCCAAGAAGCUCUCUCUGAAGGGUUCUCAAGUCUUGUCCACUCCCACCAGCAGCAACUGGCUGGUUCCUUGGCUGCCUGCGAGCCUGCUUGGCAUGAUGGUCAUUGCUGCUGCACUUCUGGUUUAUUUGAGACCCUGGAGAAAAGCUGGGCCCCUUCCAUCCCAGAUACCUCCCCCAGCUCCAGGUGGAGAGCAGUGCCCACUAUAUGCCAAUGUGCAUCACCAGAAAGAGAAAGAUGAAGGUGUUGUCUACUUUGUGGUGCAUAGAACCUCAAAGAGGAGUGAAGCCAGGCCUGCUGAGUUUGCCGCGGAGAGAAAGGACAGUCCUAUCAUCUAUGCAGAGGUGAGAUGCCUGCAGCCCAGUGAGGUUUCAUCCAAGGAGGUGAAUAUAAGAAACACCCUCCAAGAAUCCCUUGGCGACUGUGAGGAAGUUCUCUGCUAG